CCAACUUGAAGGAAGGAUUUGAGAAUGCUCGAUGGAGAUUCACGACCGUGACCGGCGAUCCAGCCGCGGCCUUCGUUGGUGAUGUGGUAUUUCGUUCCGCUGUUUGUGGUGUGGUGGUACAGGGCCCAGUGGAAAUCGUUAGGGAGGGGAGGGUCGGAGCGGAGGAAUAGUCAUAUGUACAGGCUGUCUGGGAGAAGGAGGGUAGCCAUCUUGAAAAAAAAAAAAAAAAAAAAAAAGUAUAGAUACGGUGGAGUAACAAACUGUAAUAUCCCUCCUAAUGCCACCCAAACAUUGCAAUAAGACCAAGAGAAUAAAUCACAGGAAAAUCAACCCACAUGGUGUGAUAUCAUACA